UCGACUCUACGCGUGACGUAUCGCCACCCGGAAGUGCUUCUCUUUACCUAACGAGGUCAAAAUGGCGGCUCGCAGCAUGUGAAGGGGACGAGACGGGAGCCGGCUUUCAUGAUUCGAGAACAUGUAUAAAACGCCAUGUAGCAGACUGUCAGGUUUGGUCGGUGCAAGCGUGAAGCAGAAAUUGGUUCAAAAUGUUCCUCGGUGUAGCCAGACGGCUCGCAGCCUUCUUCAGCUGCACAGAAGGGAUCCGUCGAACUGGCUGACGUACCAGCAUCUCAACUUCCUGAAGCGCCAGUAUGUCUCAAAGAACAACAGUGAGCUUCAGCAACGAGCCAUCCCGAAGCAGGCCCCGGUCCUGACCAUUGUGGAUGAGAGAGAUGACAGCGUUGAAAGACAAGUGCAGAGAAUAUCAGCCAUUGACCCUUUGGUUACACAAACUGUGUCAGAGGAUGUCACCAGUAACACCCAGCCUGAAAUAUCCACCUCGAAGCCCAUGACAGAAGAUGCAGCAGUACAGAGCGAUUCUGUGUCCAGUACUGAGACUCCCCACGUUAAUGUGGAGACAGAUUUGGUGAGAGAGGCACGUCUAGAAAAACAGUGGAAGCAGCUGAAGGUUGACAUGGAGGAGCUGCCGGACGUCUACGCCAGGCUCGCUAAAAUCAAACUCACAGCUUUGGUGGUAACGACUGCAGCAGCUGGUUUUGCCAUGGCUCCAGUUCCAUUCGACCCCGCCAUGUUCUUCGUCUCAUGUCUAGGAACAGGCCUCGCCUCCUGCACCGCCAAUUCAAUCAACCAGUACUUCGAGGUGCCCUUCGACUCCAACAUGAACCGCACGAAGAACCGUCCACUCGUCAGAGGACAAAUCAGUCCUCUCCACGCGGUGUCCUUCGCUCUGGCCUGCGGCGUUCCCGGAGUCGCUCUGCUCACGCUGGUGGUGAACCCCCUCACGGGCUUCCUGGGCGCCCUCAACAUCUUCCUCUACACGUGUUGCUACACACCGCUGAAGAGGCUCAGCAUCAGCAACACCUGGGUGGGAGCAGCGGUGGGCGCGAUACCUCCCGUCAUGGGCUGGACGGCUGCCACGGGCUGUCUGGAGCCAGGUGCCUUGUUGCUGGGCAGCUUCCUGUACUGCUGGCAGUUCCCUCACUUCAACGCCCUCAGCUGGAACUUGAGGGAGGACUACUCCCGCGGCGGCUACCGCAUGAUGUCCGUCACCCACCCGGGCAUGUGCAAGAGGGUGGCGCUGCGCCACAGCCUGGGCCUGAUCGGCCUGUCCUCUCUGGCGCCCGUGCUGGACGUCACCACCUGGACCUUCCCCGUCAUCUCCCUGCCCAUCAACCUGUACCUCAGCUUCUUGGCUUUCCGCUUCUACCGCAAGGGCGACCGCAGCAGCGCCCGGCAGCUGUUCUUCUGCAGCCUCUGGCACCUGCCCAUGCUGCUGCUGCUGGCGCUCACCUGCAAGAAGCCUCGCAGAGACCCGGAGGCUGCAGCUCUACCUCCAGCCGCUUUAGCUUCGUAGAUCGCCCCCCCCCCCACCUCACAGACCCUUCACCUUAACCCCACCUGUAACCACUCGAGGAGGCCGGAUGAUGGACGCAUUAUUUUUAACUGUGUGUUUUAACAUGCUGCUCGUUUUGGUGCUCGCUUUAGAUCAGGAAAUGAGCUGGAAAAUGAUUCGGAUCAAAAUGAGAUGAUUUACAGAAGAACACACGUAAUCAUUACAUCAGGUUGUAAUCAUUUGAAUGUGUGUGUACUGUAUAUAUUCUGUAUUUAUUUAUACUGGGGCCCGUCAGUUCCUCUCCCUCUCUGUUGUACAUGACUGAUGUUAAAUCUUGUACAGUGUAAAUUGCUCCACACAGAUCGAUGUUAUUUAGAAGAAGAGGAAAUAUAUAAAAUGUGCUGUUAAAAGCUGGACUUCAGGUUUUCAGUCAGGGCAUCUAUCAUGACUUUCAACUUGAAUCUGUCGCUUUGUGUUCGACUCUCGCCUCAGUCCUGAUACUUGACGGUUCGUUCACCUCGCUGUAUUUCACUACGCAGCAAAAAAAAACAAAACUGCACUGAUGGGUCCUCGUUCAUUUACCAAACAUGCUUUAACUCAACACGGUUCACCCAAACACAGAGAAUAACUCCCUCCUGUAAAUGAAACACACGGGCAGAAGAUGUUCUCUGAAAAUAAAAACACUUCAUGAUUGUAA